AUGUGGCUGUGCAUCCUGCUCCCCACUUUGCUGGGCUUGCUCUCUGAGUCUGCACUUUGUGCACCAACAGGCUUGCCAGGGAAGAGUCCCCGCUUUGACCGUCCAGGGGAUGUGGUGGUGGGAGCCAGUUUCCCUAUAAUUCGCUUCCAUAAUAUCACCUUGUUGGAUUUCACGUCCCCACCAGCUGGCCUGGUGCAUUCACAGGUUUCCCUGUGGGGAUACUUGGUGGCUCAAGGUUUUGUUUUUGCCAUUGAGGAGAUUAACAGGAGCGUCCAGCUGUUGCCCAAUCUGACCUUGGGCUUCUCCAUCCGCAACUCUGGGGACUUGGUGCAUAGAAGCCUCCAUGAGACCAUGGGCUUUCUCACAGGGCAGGAGGAGCCGGUCCCCAACUACUCCUGUGGAUCUGGUCCCCCCAAAGCUGCUAUGGUGGGAGAAACACGGUCCACCCUGUCUGUGUCCAUGGCCAGGCUUCUCGGUCUGUACAAGUUUCCCCAGAUCAGCUAUGCAUCCACAUUGCCAGUCCUCAGUGACAAGACUCAGUUCCCUUCCUUCUUCCGGACCGUGGCCAGUGACCUAACGUCCUUCCGAGCAGUGAUUGAGCUGGUGAUCCAUUUCAGAUGGUCCUGGGUGGGCAUCCUGGCCCAGGAUGAUGACUUUGGGCAGCAGGCCAGCUCUCUGGUCACCCAGGAGCUCAGCCAGCCUGGUGUCUGCAUUGAGUUCAACUUCCAAGUCCCUUCCCAGAGAUCUCUGGAGAAGACUCAAUUAAUUGCGCAGAAGAUGCAGAGAUGCACAGCCACUGUUGUUGUGGUCUUUGUGAACAACUCCAAUUUUGAGCUCAUCCUGCAGGGCUUGCUGCGCCUUGGUAUCAAAGGCCGGGUCUGGGUAAGCCCGGAUACGCUGCACAUGACUAUUGCCUUGUCCUUGCCUGGUAUUGGGCAGGUCCUACAGAGUUCAUUUGGUCUUUCGUAUCACAGAAACCAGAUGCCUGAUUUACCUGAGUUCCUUGCUGGCCUUCACCCCAGCAGGACCCCAGAGGACAUGUUCAUAGAGGGGUUCUGGGAGGCCACCUUUCGAUGUUUAUGGCCCCAUGGGAACACCACCCUGGCAGAGGGUGUCCGUUUCUGCUCAGGUAAUGAGAGUUUGGCAGGCAAGAAGCUUCCUUUCCAAGAAGUGAUUAAAUUUGAUAUUACUUACACAGCUGUCUACAACAUUGCCCAUGCCCUGCACAACAUGGUAGACUGUGAGGACCAGGAUGGGAUGUGUGUAGAUCCUGGGCACUUCCAGCCCUGGCAGCUUCUCCAUUCCCUCAGGAAGGUGCACUUCAAGACUCCUGAUGGCAGUGAAAUUGUUUUUGAUGCCAAUGGGGAUCUGGUUCCACAAUUUGGCAUUGUGCAGGGGCAGAAGACCCCUGGGGGUGUUUUCCAGUUGGCUCACAUAGGCAAAAUUGACCUUGGAGUUUCUUCGGGGAAGAGACUGUCCAUCCACGUCAAGGAAAAUGUUCAGGUGAGGUGGCUGGGUGUGAGUUCUAUACCUAUCCCCAUCUCGGUGUGCAGCAGGAGCUGUCCUCCAGGGUUCAGCCAGGCCACAAGGAAGGGGGCCCCCCACUGCUGUUUUGAUUGCAGACCCUGCCCUGAAGGACAGUUCUCAAAUCAAACAGACAUGAAGAGAUGUCUCCUGUGCCUUGAGGAUCACUACUCAAGCCCUACUCGAGACGGAUGCCUACCCAAGACUGAGUCCUUCCUGGCCUUCGAUGAGGCCCUGGGGUUCAGCCUGGCUGUGCUGUCACUCAUGUUGGCUGGCCUGGCUGUGCUGGUCCUGGGGAUAUUCUGGAAGCACCAGGACAGUCCUGUGGUCAAGGCCAACAACCGGCCUCUCAGCUACUUACUCCUGGUUUCCCUGAGCCUGUGUGCCCUGUGUGCCUUGCUGUUCCUGGGCCAACCCACGGCUGCCACCUGCCUCCUGCGCCAGACCACCUUUGCUGUGGUGUUCACUGUGGCGGUGUCAUCCAUCCUGGCCAAGACCCUCACGGUGGUGCUGGCUUUCAGAAUUACCAAGCCAAGGGCCAGGUUUCAGGUGUGCCUGGGCCCCAGCGCGUCUCCAUGUGUUGUCCUGAUGUCGUCCUUGGUCCAGGUGAUUCUCUGUGCAGUCUGGCUGGGCACGUCCCCACCAUUCCCAGGCAGGGACAUGGCCUCUGAGCCCAGGCACAUUGUUAUCCAGUGCCAGGAGGGCUCUGGAGUGGCCUUCUACUGCGUGCUGGGUUACCUGGGCGUCCUGGCCAUGGGGACCUUCUGUGUGGCCUUCCUGGCCCGGGGCCUGCCAGAUGCCUUCAAUGAGACCCAGUUCAUCACCUUCAGCAUGCUGCUGUUCUGCAGUGUCUGGACAGCCUUCCUGCCCCUGUACCACAGUGCUCGGGGCAAGUCCAUGGUGGCUGUGGAGAUCUUCUCCAUUCUGGCCUCUACUACGGGACUGCUUGGUGGCAUCUUCCUCCCCAAGUGCUACAUCAUCUUGCUGAAGCCUGAGCGCAACACCCUGACCUGGUUAAGGCAAGGACACUGA